AUGCAUCUCGCCAUAGCUCUCCUAGUCCAAGCGACUCUAGCCCUCAGCGCACCCCUCGACGACCUCACAGCCUGCCUCCGCACCGCUUCCGUGCCCAUCGCAUCCUCAACCCCGACGCCAUACAACCUCCGCGUCCCCGUUAAGCCACUUCUCGUCGCCGUGCCGACCACAAAUGCCCAAAUCGCCUCCGCGGUAACAUGCGGUUCCAAGAGCGGUGUCAGGGUCAGCGCAAAGAGCGGCGGACACAGCUACAUCUCGACUGGGUACGGCGGCGAAGAUGGACAUCUUGUGAUUAACCUAGACCGCAUGUACAGCGUGACUGUCGCGAGCGACGGGACGGCCAAGGUCCAGGCUGGUGCGCGGUUGGGACACGUAGCCACGGAGCUGUAUAAUCAGGGGAAGAGGGCGAUAUCGCAUGGAACUUGCCCAGCUGUUGGUGUGAGCGGCCACGCCCUCCACGGAGGUCAUGGCAUGGUCUCCCAUACCUACGGCCUCGCAACAGACUGGAUCAAAGCGGCGACAGUCGUCCUCGCCAACGGCACAAUCACGCGCUGUUCAGCGACGGAGCGUCCCAACCUCUUCUGGUCCAUCCGCGGUGCGGGCUCCUCCAUGGUCAUCGUCGCAGAACUGGAAUUUAACACCUUUGCCGCGCCGGAGAAGGUGACGUAUUUCGAUAUAGAUCUUGUCUGGGAUACGGCGAAGCUGCCACAGGUUCUGCUGGAUACGCAGGAAUUUGCAAAGACUAUGCCGGCGGAGCUGACGAUGUCGACGACGUUUAAUAACGACGGGAGUUAUCUGAACGGCGCGUAUGUUGGCGAUGAUGCGGGCUUUCGCGCGGCGGUGCAACCUUUGCUUGCAAAGAUUGGUGCGAAAGUGUCUAGUUCCAAGACUGUUGGAUGGAUCGACUUUAUCAAGCACUAUGCGGGUGUGACGGAUAUCGACGUGACAACGGCAACAUACAACGAGCACGACAACUCCUACGCGUCAAGCCUCACAACACCCGCGCUUACAAAAACGACCUUCCAAUCCCUCGUUGACGCCAUCGCUAAGAACGGCCUCACCGCAACCCGGUCCUGGUACAUGCACAUGAACUUCCACGGGGGCGCAAACUCAGCCGUGGCGCGGCCCCAGACCAACGAUACCGCCUACGUUCACCGCGACAAGAUGCUUCUCUUCCAGCUCAAGGAUGGCGUCUCGACGAGCCAGACGUAUCCCUCCGACGGGUUCGCGCUGCUCCAGGGGUUGAGGCAGAGUAUUGCCAAGGGGCUGGGCAGUGAUCAGUGGGGGAUGUAUGCGAACUAUCCAGAUUCUCAGAUUAGUGAAAGCGAGGCGGUGCGGUUGUAUUGGGGGAGUAAUCUGAAUAGGUUGGAGUGGGUCAAGGCUGAUUAUGAUCCGACGAAUUUGUUUCGAUUCGUGCAGUCUAUCAAGCCUGCUGAAUAG